UUGGAAGUCCUGAGAAGCUGCUCGCCCACUUGCGCCAGCUGGCAUGUGAGGCGGAAAGGAGAGUGGGGGAGCUUGGAGGAGGUGGAGGGGAGGAGGGGCCGCGCUCUGCCCCUCCAUACAGCGGUCCUACCGCCCCCGCUGCCGAUAAAACCCUGGCCCUCUGGGAGCGCAGGAGCAAGGGUCUCAACAAGAUGAUCAUCGGGUUUGAGCAAGCUCGACCACCCGAUGAACCGUUUCUGGUAGCUGUAGACGUAACCGGCACCAACUCAGUAACUGUGCGGUUCCAGGAACCGGACAACUCAGACAGUCCUCCCUGCACCAAGUUUAGAGUGGAGUGGAGUUCAGAACCAGACUUUCGUACUGUCUCCGGUCACCGUGAAAUUUUGGAUAUGAAGCAGAUGGAGGUGACAGUGGACGGACUAACUCACGGGCAGUGUUACUACUUCCGGGCGGCAUGUGGGAACAUUAGGGGAUAUUCCCAGUUCCGGGCAAGUCAGCCUGAUUGUGUCAUUCCCUCCAGUUGGCGAGAUGUGACAGGCAGAGAGGAGCGUCUGCCACCUGCCGGUUUGGCACUACUGGAUCGACUGUUUGCAGAGGUGCGUAGUGGUAGGCCUGACCUGAAGGGACUAGGAGACCCUGGACCAGGUGAAACGCCUGUGGGACAGAGGCGCAAGAAGACAACGAUCAAACAGCUCUUCACUGCAGCAAGCAAGUUCCAGAAACACCUCAGAAGAGGUGUCUUCCUCUCCUGCCUGCUUUACCAUGAAGAUAAAGUUUUGGUGACCAAUGAAGAUUUCCUACCAGUAAUAGAAGUUGAUGAGACAUAUCCUGGAUCGAUAUACCAUGACUUCCAUUGGUUAUUAAAGGUUGCCUGUACAUGGGACGAUGUCAAGUGGCUGCGUCAAGACAUGGAGAAGUCACUCAGUUCGUCUGCCGUCCAUUUCAGGAUAAAGCUGCUCCAAGCUGCUGCCCAGAUGCAGACUGCCCUCAGUAUUCAAGACCUCGGCCAGCUGUAUCACAAACCUCUGAGAGACUCAGAGGGCACAAUAGUCAUAUGCACGGUCAACUACACUCACUCACCUAAGUCUAUCUCUGUCCUCAACUCGCGCUGGUUACCCCUCGGUAAACUCAGCAAACGAGCACCUCCCUCACCUGAUGCCAACAUCAGUGAGAUCCUGAUGUCCACUAUUCAGGAGCAGAUCACUUACCAUCAAGUGAGCAGCAUCAGGCUACCAAGGGGGCUGUACUUGGCCUACUUGAAAAUGAGAAGUUGUGUUGACCUGCUGCAAGUGCUGGUACCGGCUAAGUCACCCAAUGUCCCGCCUCACUGCAAGAUCAGGGAUAAUCCCCACGUCACUGCAGAAGAGUGGCGAGCUCUGGUAGGAGGGGCUGUAUCUGAACACCAAAAGUCUUUUGUAGAACAAGUGGCAGCGACAGCACGGCGACUCUUCACGUAUAUGGAAGUCUCAGCUGAGGAAGCAACUGUACACAGGUUGUAUGAUCUCGAGGCGGUGGAGAUCUCGCCUGAGGUCUCUCUACUGAUGGUAGUGCCACCGGUGGACUCAGCAUGCUCAGUGCCAGGUCAACGCGAGACGCUGCUCCAACGCCCUGACCUGCUGCCACUACCGGUGCAGGUGUUUGAGAUGGUACACCUGGGUACCUACCGCCAUCAGGUGGUCAGUCGGUACAGCCGCCUCAGUUGCAUCAUUGAGUUGGACAUGGCUCUGGCUCAACACUCCCAGCGGGAG